GCAAGAUAUCGAUCUAUACAUGCCGAGGGCCAUUCCCUCGCAAGCGUGAGAGACUAUGCGAGGCAUCACGUGAUGAGAACACGCGUGACUGAUUUUUAUCCUUGAAAUGUGGCACGGAUGAGAUGCUCUUCUCGGCCGUCUUUUCCCCAUUGACUUUUGCGGUUCAAUACUUGUUCCGAGAAGGACUGGACCAUAUGCUUUCGGUCGGCGGAUCUCAUUGAACGAGCUAUAAAUGUAACGAAAUGAACCACUCAAAAGCCGACAGGACCGACGUCUGUCUCUCUUAUAUCUUUCGCAGGGUCCUCCCAAUUUAUCCGCCCAGAAUCAGCUUGACUCACCACUUGAGAUGCCUAUCCAACUCAAGACUCAACUGGUCGACAGUGUACAAGGCUCUAUCAAGCUAUUGGGAGGUACAGAGAGGGAUCUGGAAUGGAAGGACCAACUGAAACGAGAAGGCUGGUGUGUGGUCAAAGGUGUUCUGUCGACGGGCAAAGCAAAGCAGUACGAGGAUGGAGCUUAUGAAUUUCUGGAAUCCUUUGACCUUGGAUUUGAUCGACAUGAUCGAUCGACUUGGGUCGCGGAACGUAUGCCGUAUUUCUACAAGGGUGGUCUCAUCUAUGCGUACGGAUCGGGCCACGAGCAGUUCGUUUGGGAUGUGAAACAGGACCCAGCGGUCGUAAACGUCUUUGCGGAGAUCUGGGGGACCGACGAACUGGUCGUGUCGUAUGACGGGUUUAACUUCUCUCUGCCACUUCCGGAUCGUCCUGAAGAAGAUUUCAAAGCUUGGGCACAUGUCGAUCAAUCGCCACUGGUCACUGGAUUCCACUGUCUCCAAGGCAUUGUCAACAUCCUGCCCAAUGGUCCAGAGGAUGGAGGUUUGAUGGUUCUCAAAGGCUCUUCGGCCCUGUAUAAAGAAUUGUGGCGGGCCUUUGAUGAACAUAUUGGAGGAUGGAACAAGCACGAUCGUCAUGAUCAUACGCCUGAACAGAUCCAGUGGCUGUUAGAUCACGGAUGUGAAUGGCACAAGGUCUGUGCAGAUCCUGGCGACCUGUUACUAUGGGACAGCCGGACAGUCCAUUACGGCGCUACGCCGACCUCCACCAACCCCCGCUUAGCAUCGUAUGUCUGCUAUAAACCUGCACGAAUGGUUACUCCUGAGCUCAAGGCCAAACGUCGACUUGCAUGGGAUGAGAAGAAGGAGACGACUCAUGACCCAAUCACAUUCACUGCCAAUCGGAGAGAACCGCCAGAGGAUCAUCCCACGUUCGGCCAUCUCAAGGUUAAGCAGUUGCAAGAACCGCGUCUGACGGCUCUGGGUCGAAAGUUGGCAGGACUGGAUGAUUGGUGA